UCACAUUUGUUUUGCAUGUGGGCGCUUCUUCAUAACAACAAAAUGUCAGUUAUUCUUCUUAAAUUAAUUGUUUUUCUUCCACAAAAUAUUCGGUUCUUCAAUUUUUACCAGAAAACUGAAGGGUACGAAAUCGUCCCCUCUUCAGACAAAGCUCCGCUAUUCGCUGACCAAGGGAAUUUUUUUUCUCAUUUUUUAAAGGUUUACCAUCCUAUUGCAGGUCGAGGCAGAGGCUCCCCCAAUCAAUCAAGAUAUUCUGUGCUGCCAGUGCUGAAAAGUCAUCAUCCCGCCUUUGCCUUCAAUUUAAUCUUCAGUCCAAACUCCCUCCCAUAAAGCUUUCCCUCUCCCCUCCUGCAGCACGAGCUGGUGGUGGAGGCGCGGGCCGGGGAGGCGAGGGCCGAGACGCGGGUGCUGGUGGAGGUGGAGGACCAGAACGACCACGCCCCUGUCUUCCCGCGGACCCUCCACGAGACCCAGAUCACCGAGGAGGACGACAGACACCUGCCCAAAGUCAUCCUCACGGUCAAGGCGAUGGACGGGGACGAAGGUCAGCACGGUCGCCUCAGAUACUCGGUCUCCGGGGACGGCAUCACGCCCAACGCCACCACGGGCAACUCCUUCGCCGUCCAUCCCACCUCAGGGGCCGUACUCCUCCUCAGGCCGCUGGACAGGGACCCGCCGAACGGCCAGGCGCAGUGGAGGAUACGAGUGACGGCGGAGGACGGGGAGCUGAGUGCCUACACCGACGUCAUGGUCAACCUGAAGGACAUCAACGACAACGCGCCCUUCUUCCCCACGCCAACACUGCGCGCCGCCAUCUCCGAGAACACGCCUAAAGGAGCAUCAGUGAUCCAGGUGGAGGCGACAGAUCACGAUGACCCGCGUGAGGGGCAGAAUGCAAAGGUAACCUACUCCCUCGAGAAGAACGUGAUCGAUGAGUCUAGCGGCAGUCCCAUCCUCACCAUCCACACCCGCACAGGGCUCAUCACCACGGCGCUCUGCUGCCUCGACCGGGAGAAGACGCAGCAAUACGAGAUCCAGGUUGUUGCUACUGACGGAGGAGGCCUUAAAGGCACGGGGACAGUGGUGGUGGACGUGGAGGACGUGAACGACGUGCCGCCCAGGUUCUCGCGGCCAGAGUGGACCUUGGACGUGUCUGAGAAACAAAACCCUGACGAGGUGUUGGCCACGCUCACGGUAGUGGAUCAGGACGUCUCCAACAACUUUACGUUCAGGGUGGUGCCGGAGAGCGGGGACGGCUGGCACAUGUUCCGUGUAGAGAAGCGUCGCGUUGGGGCGCCUGGGGGAGACCUGCGUCCUGCGGGGCCACUCGACUACGAAAACCCGGAGCAUCGGCGGGGCUUCCGCUUCCGCGUGGAAGUAACAGAUGCGGGCGAAGGAAGCUGGGACGACCGCUACCACGUGGACGGCGCCUGGGUCAACCUCAACCUGGUCGACGAGAACGACAACACACCCACCUUCGACACCGACCACGCCCGCCUCACCCUGCCCGAAGACACGCCCACCGGCACACACCUCACCACCUUCACCGCCCACGACCUCGACGGGGGCGGCCGGAGCAAGAUAACGUACAGCAUAGCUCCUUCAAGUGACCCAGAAGGGAUUUUUUACGUCAGCGAGGAAGGAGAGGUUCGACUAGUGGGCAGUCUUGACCGAGAGGCCGCCGAAGCACACACGGUGCUGGUGUGGGCGGCCGACAGCGGCGUGCCAACCCGGACCGCGACAGCCACGCUUACCAUAAACGUCACCGACGUGAACGACAACCCUCCGUUCCUGGCGGGGCCACAAGAGGUGCAGGUGAUGGAAAACAGCGAGGCCCAGCUGGUGGCCCGCUUGACACUUGGGGACCCUGACAGCUGGCGCCAAGGCCACGGCCCACCCUUCACCAUAGCCCUGGAUCCUCAUGCUCCUCUCGAAGUUGGAAGCAGCGUCAGGGUGGUGCACGACAAAAGAGGAAACGAGGGUCGGGGCGCUGGUCUGGUGUACACGCGGGGCGCCCUGGACCGGGAGGAGGGGCGGCUGAUGCUAGUGCCCCUGGUGGUGAAGGACGCUGGCCGCCGCUCCGCCACCGUCACCCUCACCCUUCACGUGGCCGACCUCAACGACAACCCCAUGACGCCCGCCGCCAAGACCGUCACCGUCCAUACCGUCAAGGGGCAACGGACGGCUGUGCCCCUCGGGAGGGUCUACGUGCAAGACCCCGACGACUGGGACGCCGCCGCCAAGACCUACGCGUGGCGGAGCCCUCAGCAAGGCUUUUCUCUCGACACCUCAAACGGCCAUCUGAGUAUGAGUGCCUCUACGCCCGACGGCAGAUACGAGUUGGGAUUCCUCGUGAACGACCUCAACCAAGGCCAGGUGGGAGUGGAGGCCAACGUCACAGUCGUGGUGAGGUCCCUGUCCCCCCAAGACGUGACUCAGGCCACGCACCUCACCCUCGCUGCUGACCCGUUCCGGACGGUCCGCAGAGACCCUCAGAGCGGAUCUUCCCUUAUACGGAGGCUGACGGCGGCAUCACGGGCGUGGGUAAACACUGGCGUGGACGUGAUGGCGUGGGUGGACGAGGUCAGCCUGAGCAAAGCGGUGGGGCCCAGGGCUCGGAGGAGCCGGACGCCUCCAGCCACCAGCCUGUGGGUAGCGGCCCCGGGCGUGUACAACCUCAGACACAUUUUGCUCUACCAUCGACAAGAGCUGGAGGAGGCGCUAGGAGUCGCGGUGCAGAGCGUCGGGAUAACCACCUGCAAAGAAGCCCAACAGGAGGCCCCUCAACAGUCUCUCUUUGAGCCUUGGAGCUGCACGAGCGGCUGCUGGGCCUCGACGGAGCUGGGUCAGGGCUUCGUGGUGGUGGACGCUAACGUCUCUUCAGUGGUGGGUCCCCAGGUGGCCGUGCGGCGCGGGUGUGGCUGCGCUGUGCCCGAGCCCCUGGAGAAGCCCCGCUGUGCCCCCAACACCUGCCUCAACAGUGGUCGCUGUAUUCCGCGAAAAGGCGGUUUCAGGUGCAUUUGUCCAUAUGGGACCUCAGGGCCGAGGUGCAAGGCUUUGAGUCGACACUUCGAGGGGGAGGCGAGCGAUGUGGACAAAGGCGGCGGAGGCGUGGCGGGCACAGGGAGCUGGGCGUGGGCACCCACCAUUUCCGCGUGUGCCGAGGUCCAUAUUAGUCUCGAGAUUCUUACAUUUUCGCAAGACGCUCUCCUACUGUACUCCGGCCCACAGCAAGGCAAGCAUCUCCCAAGAAAGGACAGCGUUCCUCAGAGCCGAGGUACACCAAAAGUCUCGAGAGAGGGAGAUCAUCACAAAAACACCAGCAGCGUUGACGGAUCCUUGAGCGAAGCAGAAAAUCAUGAACCUCACAAAAUCGCUAGUGAAAUCAGACCAGCGUACAGCCCGCCCAGUGAGAUGAUUGUGCUAGAGCUCCGUCGAGGUCGUCCAUUUCUCUUACUAGAUCUUGGCAGCGGCGCCGUCACCCUCGCCCUCAACGCUUCCUACUCCAUCGCCGACAACACCUGGCACCGGAUAGACGUCAUCUGGAAGGACGAGCUGGUCGAGAUGAUAAUAGACAUGUGUUCUGGCGAUAGCGUCGAUCAUCCCCCCGCCGCCCACACCAACACCCUGCCCACCACCCUGCCGCCUGACGCCCAUAUCUGCAGGGGCGCGGCCAGGCUGCCACUAGGCGCCAGCGUCCUCAACACCGGCCAGCCCCUACAGGUGGGCGGCCUGGCCCAUCCACUUCCCGAUCACGUCUCCAAGGGAUGGCCGGAUAGCAGUUCCCUGCGAUCUUUCCGCGGCUGCGUAAGGAACUUGAGGAUAAACAGGGAGCUGGUGGACCUGGGCGGGGCCAUGCUGGGCAGGGGCAGCUCCCCAGGGUGCUCUCAGGCAGAGUGCCUCGCCGCCGGCCUCGUCUGUGGCUCCCAUGGCAGGUGCCAUGGGUCGCCAGGGUGGCUGCGAUGCGAGUGCCAGCUGGGGUGGACGGGUCCCGGCUGCACCAAGUCAACAAUCCCAACGUCUUUCUUGGUUAACAGCUACGUUAAGCUAGCCCUGUCCUUCACGCCACUCGGCUACACCACCUCCGUCACCCUCAGGUUCCGGACGAGGCAGACGCGGGGCCAGCUGGUGGCAGUGUCCUCCCAGCAAGGCCACGACCGCUUUGCCUUGCAGCUGCUGGAGGGCCACCUGUGCGUGCUGCUACAGUUCCGGCCAGACCCAGCAAGGUCACUAUGUCUCACCAAAGCCCAGGUGACAGACGGCCAGUGGCACACAGUCGCAGCAAUAAGACAAGGGUCGGCCACAUUCCUAAUGGUGGACGACGGCGACGGUGACCACUACAACUCCUCCGUGUCUCUGGAGGGCCGCCAACUGCUGCACGUGGACACCGAGGACGGCGUGCAUGUGGGUGGCGCGCCGGAGCUGGUGGGCGUCACCGUCAAAAUCCAUGAAGACUUCUUUGAGGGGUGCAUUGACGACCUAAGGAUAUCGGACCGCAGCGUGCCCCUGCCGCCCGCCGUGAACAGCUCGGCGUGGGGUCAGGUGGGCGGCUUCCAGGGGGUCGAGGCUGGCUGCGACGCGCCGCCUGCUUGCGCCAACGUCACCUGCAGCCCGCCGCUCUCUUGUGUCGACACCUGGCGAGCCUACCACUGCGGGUGUGGCGAGAGUCGCGUCCUGAACCCCAGCAAGGCGGCGUGUGAGGACGAGGACCUGUGUGUGUGGCGGCCCUGCCUCAACGGCGGCUCCUGCUUCAACGAACCUUCGCGAGGGGGCUACGCAUGUGCCUGUCCCUCUGGGUUUAGCGGCCCACACUGUCACCUGCCCGACGUGGGUGAAACAUCGCUCAAUAUCUCCCUGGGCGCCCUCGUUGCCAUCCUGGUGUGGUGCGCCUUCCUCCUACUGCUGGUCUGUGCCUUCCUGCUCCACCAACACCACAAGAGGUCAGCGUUACGUAAGGGAGGAGAGGUAAAGAGUGACUCGGGCAAGGAGCAGCCGCCCGCACCUUGCAGCCACACACCCAACUUACUUGAGCUGAAGCUCCUCCAGCCACCGAGGGCUAACGGCCAACCCGCCUGGACCACAAAGAACCCCAACAUAGCAGACGUUGACGUUCUUCAGGUGGACGCGACGUCGGUCACCAGCAGCCUCGAGGAGUCUAAGCGCUGCGGCGUCCUCAGCUCCGACGCGGGUAAGAAAGAACUCAACGGAGACACGCCAAAGAACGGGAUCUGUCAAGGCGGCACAGGAACCCCUAACGCCAGCGACGACCUCAGAAACUACGCCUACGAGGGGGAAGGUUCUUCGCCUGGGUCACUCUCCUCCUGUCUGGAGAGUUGUAGUGGCAGCGCCAAGUUCCUGGGCGGCUUCCGUGAGGUGGCACACAUGCUGGAGUCCUGACAUACGGCCAGCCAGUCCCCGCCGCCGCAAGGGAAGACGAGGCCUGCUCCUGAGAGGGUAACGGUCAUUCACACCUCAGCAGGGGACAUCGCCACCACCACUCGCUUCCAGGAGCCGCUGCCACCACCUAUAGGGGAGGACUUCACCCACACUGAGGAACCAGUGGCCAACCCUGCAGCGACGCCCGAGCCGCCGCGGGCCUUCCGCUCAUGAGGUCAACCCCCCGCGUCCCCUACUUUCCCAUGACCGCCUACUACUCAAUGACACACACACACACACACACACACACACACACACACACACAUACACACACACACACACACACACCGUACCGUACAUGUUGUAAACAGCGGCUGCCGCCGUCUCCUUAUGAUGAGAAUGUCAAGGGGUCACGUGUCCAACAAAAUGUCGAAUACAUGUGAGGCACAUAAUUUCAUGGACGACUUACUCAUAUGAUAUUAACUAAAACAAUAACGUUAUAGCAGCUAAAGUAGAUCAACAGCAUAGGCGACACUAAGUCACCAGCGGCGUCAAAAAGAAUAAUAGGCAAGCACAUCAUAAACACUUUCCUGACGCUAUGGGAGCUUCCACUUCCACACCAAAAUGGCACGUCGCAAGCGGCCUGACACAUGAAAACGAACCUUCAGAAACAAAUUAAGCUAUUCACAGAGAAGUGGCGUAAACGUUGCGUGUACCUCGUGUCACUGUAAGUCACUCCGGGAACGAAGUAAUCCUUUCUUUUUUUUUUCUUUUUUCAACCUGCGACGUGCUACCUCAGACUAGUGUUCUUUAACUCAAGACAGCUUUUACAUCAAAGUUAUAUAGCCAAGAUAAUAAUAAUACAUAGGACAUGAAAAUAAAAUAAUAAUAAUAAUGCUGAAAAUAAUAAUAAUAAUAAUAAUAAUAAUAAUAAUAAUAAUAAUAAUAAUAAUAAUAAUAAUAAUAAUAAUAAUAAUAAUAAUAAUAAUAAUAAUAAUAAUAAUAAUAAAAAUAAUAACAAUAAUAAUAAUUACAAUGAUAAUGAUGUGAACGCUUCCUAUGGGUCCGCUUUAGUGAGAAGCCAUGUGCGACAUGUCACUUCGGUGUGAAAGCUUCCUUCCCGCACAAUUAUCUGCCGCCGGCCUGGUCGUGCCUCAUUCCUCCUCUUAGCGAGGACACCCUUCCACCUGAAAAUAGCCACCGUACUCUCUCUCUCUCUCUCUCUCUCUCUCUCUCUCUCUCUCUCUCACACACACACACACACACACACACAACUCAUCAUGACCAAUUUAAUAUAUUACAAAUGUAUAUUUUUCUAGGCACUUUUGUGAACUUUUUUCCUAGUUCAACAGUACUAGUUGCAGCGUGGUAAUUAUCGACACAAAAAACAUGUGCUGCUGCAAAUAUAGGAGAGUAAAUAAAGUAGGUACCUAGUUGUAAUCACCAAGGACGCGGAAGAAAAGAUAAAGCAGUCUAAAAACUCUUAACCUAAUUAGGCAGAAUUUUCCUUUUCGUGUUCUGUGUGUUGUUUUCGCGUACUACAACUCGUGAAAUCAAGAAAACUUGAAUUUCGUUGACACAAGUUAAAACUUGGGCGAUUAGGAACCACACCAAAUCAGCCUCCUUGAAGGUACCUAACGCCUCGAAAACAUCAAUUCUCAGGAACGAAUUCACAAGGGCUCGAAAGAACAGAAAUAUACCAACAUGGCUUAGGUAUAUAGAAACUUAAAUACGGGAGGAACAGAGCUCUAAUAGAAGCUGCUUCUUUUGUUUACCGGUCUAUUGAUUGUAGAAAAGGUGCAUUUUCGCAGCAAACAAGCUCACAUUUAACAUCUAAGACUCAUGACUUUGUGGUCAUAUAUCAACACCACAGAGGGACGCUGCUGACAGUAAAAUCAGCGACUGUUGGUCACCGGGGAGUAAGGUGCCCGGACAGCGGCCCUUUCCUACAGGACUAAAUAAAGACUGGGUAGUUUUUACAGAUGCUAUCAAGUAAUGAAUCCUCGCCACUUCCUUCAAAAUAACUGGACUGGUAUAUCACUACAUAGCCAGCUGUUUUUUUUUUUUGUAGAAUCUCGCCUACAUUCACGUACAUAUAUUUUUGCUUUAUAACUAGGCAAAGGUUGCUCUGUCAUGGUUGUGGUUCUCGUUCUCUUCCCACGCACAAGGCUCGCCACCUCAUGUUGAGGGUGGAUUAAAUGAGGGAAAAUGUGCGUGGGUGGUUGACGCAACCACUUCAUAAAAUUUUGUAUUUUUGUAAAAGUUAACUUGGAAAUAAAAUAAAAUAUAUAUGUUGGUA